AUAUUUUUGUGCGUAAAUUGUAUGGAAAGUGCUUUUUCCUCGUCCUCAGCUCGCUAAAUAUUGCCAAAUAUUUUCACAAAUUAUCUCUGCAGUGACUUGAAAGCGCUCGGCGGUUGCGCAAGAGUGGAGUGGGCAUGCGAUGGUGACUGAUGGCCAGAAGGUUGGCAGACGAAGGAAAAUGGAUCUGCUAAGUGAUACUGAGAUUGCAUCAAUUUCGAGACGAAUUUGGUGAAAUGGCAAGAGUGUGAAUCAUGCAGAGAGUGCAAAAAGUCAAUAAUUCCCCAGAGCAUCACAUAUUUUGAUAUUCCGAUUGCUUAGAGACAGUCUAGAGUGGCUUUUUCUGUGGACAUGUACUGGACAAUGCAUCUAGAAGGCGGGCCCAGGCGGGUGAAUCACGCUGCCGUGGCCGUUGGCGACAAGAUCUUCUCGUUCGGGGGCUACUGUGCUGGCGAGGACUACCGCAGCUACACUGUGAUGGACGUGCACAUCCUGAACAGCCUCAACAUGCGCUGGAGUCUCGUGCCCAUCCGCAAGGAGGACUACGGCCACCCGCUGAAGUACCCUUGGGUGCCCUUCCAGCGCUACGGCCACACAGCCGUGGCCUACAAGCACCUGGUGUACGUGUGGGGUGGCCGGAACGACGAGAUCGUGUGCGACAUCCUGUACUGCUUCGACACGCGGACGCUCAAGUGGUCCGCGCCGACGGUCAUGGGCAGCGUGCCCGGAGCCCGCGACGGACACACGGCGUGCAUCGUGGGACACAAGCUGUACAUCUUCGGGGGCUUCGAGGAGGCGCUGGAGCAGUUCUCGCACGACGUGCACUGCCUGGACCUCGAGUCCAUGACGUGGCGCUACGUCCAGACCUUCGGAGAGCCCCCGUCGUACCGGGACUUCCACUCCGCCGUGGCUGUGCACGAUCGCAUGUAUAUUUUCGGCGGGCGUGGCGACAGACGGAGCCCGUAUCACUCUCAGGAUGAGAUCUACAACUCCGAUAUCGUGUACCUUGAUCUCAAAUCAAUGACUUGGCACAUGCCGCGCACCACAGGAACCGUCCCGCUCGGCCGAAGGAGCCAUUCAGCCUUUGUGUACAAAAGCCUAAUCUACGUGUUUGGGGGCUACAACGGCAUCCACGAUCAGCACUUCAAUGAUAUGUACAGCUUCGAUCCGGAGAGGAACGUGUGGCGUCUGCUGGAGAGCCGAGGGGAAGUGCCAUGUGCUCGACGUCGUCACGUGUGCCUCGUGAUUGGAACGAAGCUUUACUUAUUUGGUGGAACAAGUCCCUCGAAGCAGCACGAUCCCUCAGGAUCGAAUCUGUGUGACUUCAAUGAUAUCCACGUGAUGGACUUCGAACCCACCCUCAAGACGCUUGCUCUUAUGACCGUCCUGGAGCACAGAAUCGACCAGUCUUGCCUGCCCAGGGACUUGAAAUUGGAAAUUCGAUCGAUGACCACACCAAAUAUCAUUAGUCGACCACUGAAUAAUACUGGCUGAGGCGAGUGGGAUGGGGCGCCGAAUCAGCAAUCGAAUGAAUUACGCAAAACCUCGUGAAACAAUAAUUUGUCGGAUUUUGUUGCGCAAUAAGGACCUUUGUCCACUGUACAUAGUACUGUAAAGAUAGGCAUGACUUUGUAAUAAUUUAUUGUAUAAUAACGAGAUAGUUAACGUAGAGUAACGAAGAGGUGUAUUAAUAAAAAUUGUUUAAUCAGCUUGAAGAAUUUGGUUUU